CCUCUGCACUUUUCAAGACGAUUGUUGAAUACGCAACUGUGCGGUCUUUUGCUGUCUCACGUUGUUUCGCGUUGGUUAUUGUAUCGAAUUAUUGUCGUUCACGAUCACGUGUUCCGUCGGCUUUCUUUUCAACAUUGAAAUCUUCAAUAAAUUUAUUCGCCAAUUUUUUAACUAAACCCAUUUCAAAUUUCAACCAUGAGGGAAAUUGUACAUGUUCAAGCCGGUCAGUGUGGAAAUCAGAUUGGAGCCAAGUUCUGGGAAGUCAUUUCUGAUGAACAUGGUAUUGAUCCAACUGGCUCAUAUCACGGAAAUUCUGAUCUCCAGUUAGAACGUAUAAAUGUAUACUAUACUGAAGCUCCAGGUAUAAAGUAUGUACCCCGUGCUGUUUUGGUUGAUUUGGAGCCAGGUACCAUGGAUUCUAUCAGAUCUGGACCUUAUGGGCAGAUUUUUAGACCAGACAACUUUGUUUUUGGACAAUCUGGAGCUGGAAACAACUGGGCUAAAGGUCAUUAUACAGAAGGUGCUGAGCUUGUAGAUUCAGUAUUAGAUGUCAUCAGAAAAGAAGCUGAAGGCUGUGAUUGUCUUCAAGGAUUUCAACUGACACAUUCCUUGGGUGGUGGAACUGGGUCUGGUAUGGGAACAUUAUUGAUUUCCAAGAUCAGAGAAGAAUUCCCUGACAGAAUAAUGAAUACUUACUCAGUUGUACCUUCUCCCAAAGUUUCGGACACUGUUGUAGAACCCUACAAUGCUACUUUAUCAAUUCAUCAAUUAGUAGAAAAUACCGAUGAAACCUUUUGUAUUGAUAACGAAGCUUUAUAUGAUAUUUGUUUUCGUACAUUAAAACUUACAACACCUACAUAUGGUGACUUAAACCACUUGGUAUCUUUGACCAUGUCUGGAGUAACCACUUGUCUCAGGUUCCCUGGUCAAUUGAACGCUGAUCUCCGUAAACUCGCUGUCAAUAUGGUUCCUUUUCCCAGGUUACAUUUCUUCAUGACUGGUUUUGCUCCUCUUACAUCUCGUGGAAGUCAACAAUACAGAGCUUUGUCUGUACCUGAACUUACUCAACAAAUGUUUGAUGCCAAAAAUAUGAUGGCUGCAUGCGACCCACGACAUGGACGUUAUCUUACAGUAGCAGCUAUAUUUCGUGGUCGUUUGUCUAUGAGGGAAGUUGAUGACCAAAUGUUGAACAUCCAAAGCAAGAACUCGAGUUAUUUUGUUGAGUGGAUCCCUAAUAAUGUGAAAACCGCAGUUUGUGAUAUCCCUCCAAGAGGUUUGAAAAUGUCUGCUACAUUCAUUGGUAAUUCUACAUCCAUUCAAGAAUUAUUCAAGAGGAUUGGUGAACAGUUCAAUGUUAUGUUCAGACGUAAGGCUUUCUUACAUUGGUACACUGGUGAAGGUAUGGACGAGAUGGAAUUCACUGAAGCUGAAUCUAACAUGAAUGAUUUAGUAGCUGAAUAUCAACAAUAUCAAGAAGCUACCAUUGAUGAUGAAGGUGAAUUUGAUGAAGAACAGGAACAAGAAGUUGAUGAAAACUAGAUUUAUUUUUUAAAAUGUAGCUUUAGACUUCAAUUUUGUUACUUUUUAUUUAAUACAUAAAUUCUGUACA